CAUCGGGUCCGUUUCCGCCGGGAACCUUCAGCUCGCGGCCCGGGUCUACGCCUCGGGGGCCUCUUUCUCCACACUCGAGAAGGUCUUCCGGGCAAUGAAACUCCAGCUGUGCAAGCCCAGCACGUUUCGAAGCCUUGCGCGGCGGUUCAUCGAGCCUGCCGUCGUGCACAGGUGGAGGACGACGCAGGACGCCGCGCUGGAGCGGCUCACUAGCCGACGACACGACGCCAUGCUAGCUGGAGGCAUGAGGACAGACUCGCCAGGUAAUUCUGCUAGAUAUGGCAGCUACACAAUGAUGGACCUGCGGAACAACAAGGUGGUCGAUCUUCAGCUGGUUCAGAGCAGUGCAGUCGCUGGCCGUGGCCAUAUGGAGAUGGAGGGUCUGAAGAGAAGUCUCGCUCUUUUGGAGGGACGUGGCGUUACUGUGAAUACUAUUGUGACCGAGCGUCAUCCGCGAAUUCAGGAAUACCUGAAGGAGACCAGGAUCAAGCACUACUACGAUGUUUGCCGUAUCGAAAAGGGACUGUCCAAAAAGUUGGCCCUGAUAGCAAAGAACAAGGACUGUGACGUACUGAAGAAGUGGCUUCAUAGUCUGAAAAACCACAUGUACUGGACCGCAGCUUCAUCAACAUCAGGGCCAGAGAGGCGGGCAAAGUGGACGUCCAUCCUCAAUCACAUCCGAGAUGUCCACGUCCACGAAGACCCGGCUUUCCCCCAGUGUGCGCACGCACCACGGACGUCACGGGACAAACGCAAAUGGCUGAAAGCAGGAACAAAGGCCUUCAGCAAAGUAGAGAAGGCCUUGACCAAUAAGAGGACGUUAAACGCUGUGGAGAAGAUGAGCCCUCACCAGCAGACCUCGGCGCUGCAGGCGUUUCACAGCAGCGUUUCACACUUUGCUCCUAAAAACGCAGUAUUUCCUUUUCUUGGGAUGUUGUGCAGACUCUACCUGGCUGCCAUGCACUUUAAUGAAAAUGCUGGGCGUCCCCAAGCGACGUCAUCCACCGGUGAGCUGCUAUACAGAUUGAACUUGCCCAAGUCCAAGAAGGGGGAGUUUUCCAUCAAGCCAGUGAAAGUGGAGCCAACGUACGAUUAUGUGGAUGGACUGAUGGACCUGAUCUUUGAGAAGGUGUUCGAGGACCCCGGUCCAUAUGAGGCCGAGCUGCAGAAGAUCCCCAUCCCUGACGAUCUCUCUGCCCAGUUCGAAAAGCCAGACAAGAAGGAAGUGAUCGCCUCAUAUGUGUCGAGGUUCAAUCAAGGGCUGGUCUGAAUCCUGAGGCCCGGCGAGCCCCAAACCCAGCUUCUGUAGCGGCUGAAGGAAGAAUCAGGACUUCUGGUCUGUUCAACUCUCACGUUGUUUCGAAAACGUGUGAUCCAUUUGUUAUGACAAAUAAAGUUUGUUUUUUUUUUCUUAAAA